UGACCCUGAGUUUGACAUCUGCCUUAUUUCUGCUCCUCAGUCUUCAAACUUUUGCAGCCAUGGGAGGCAAAGCCCAGCGCAGACAGAGACAAGCUGAGGAGAGCCUGAGACCAUAUAUCGGCAGAGUAGAGCCAGAAAAGCUUUGUGAGUUGCUGAAAUGCCACAGUCCAGUUGGAUCUUGGUGCCAAGUAGUUGAAGAAAACGGAGUCUUGGUCCCCAAGUGUGUUUGUCCUCAGUCCUGUCCCCGGCAGAGGGCACCAGUGUGCAGUGUUCUGGGAAAAACCUACAAGAAUGAGUGUGUGCUGCAUAAACAAGCCUGCAGGAAGAGACGCCGCACUGGACUGGCUCACACAGGCCCCUGUCUGGUCCCAAAGGAUAAAUGCACUGAGGAGGAGUUGGGCCAGUUUCCAUAUCGUCUGCUGGACUGGUUUCUGCUUCUGAGUCGUAUGGGAGAGUCCUAUGUCCCUGCUGCCCUGCCUCAGAGCUGCCUCAGCCACGCCCAGAGGACACAACUCGCACAGAAACGAUUUGUUCUUCUGGACAAGAACAAUGACGGCAAGUUGAGCCACAGGGACUUGAGGAAGCUGCGUUACAAGAGGAUGCCGCUGGAGCACUGUGCCACGCAAUUCUUUCAGUCAUGUGACCAGAACAAGAACAGGAAGGUGACCCUGCGGGAGUGGACGACCUGUCUGGUGGAUCGCUCUGAGGCCUGGUUCUACAAUUUCAUGUCAAUGAGAAUGGGUUCCCGCAAACUAUGUCCUACGAUGAAAGAGAACAACUUCUGACCUGAGAAAAUCCCACAUCUCUGUCGUGCAGUAACAUCAUCACUGUUACCUGAUUAAAAAGCUACAGGACGUAUCUGCACACCCGGGUCACUCGUCUGUUUCACUCUGCAUUUGUAAUACAGUCAUUUAUCACGUCAUCCGGUCUCACAGU